AUGGAGAAAAACUUCACCGAGGGUUACGCACGCGUCGUUGGAGAGGAGAGACUUGGACAACCGGAAUAUUACCUGGCCCAUCACGGCGUACGGAAAGGGAAGAAGACCCGAGUUGUCUUCGACGCAGCGGCAAAAUACAAGGGUAAGGCGUUGAACGACGCCAUUCUCAGCGGACCAGCGCUUCAAGCUCCACUUAUGGCGGUGAUUCUGAAAUUCCGCGAAGGAGUGGUAGCGUGGGCCUUGGAUAUCGGGGCAAUGUUUAGCCGCAUACGAAUGAGACCGGAAGAUUGUCGUUUUUUUCGAUUCCUGUGGCAGCGGAAGGGUGAAACAAGACCUUAUGUCUGCGAGUUUACUCGCCUGCCGUUCGGAGCUACCUGCUCACCCUUUUUGGCCAUCAGCGUGACGCGACGGGCAGCGGCCGACUACAGUCAAGAUCCGGAUGCCCUCAUCGCCAUCAAAUCAAAAUUUUACGUGGAUGAUUAUCUCAGUUCAGUGGCUUCGGUCGAGCAAGGUGUAAAAGAAGCACGAGCAGUGAGCGACGCGCUCGCGAAGGCGGAUCUGCACCUGGAAGGAUGGGUCUCGAAUUCCCCCGAAUUCAGUCAGGAAAUGGCCGUGGACGGUGCCACAACGACCGAACUUUCUCUUAAUGGCGCGGAAGCAGAAAAGAUGCUUGGAGUUUGCUGGAAGGCCCAGUCGGACAUCCUCACGUUUCAGAUGGACCACAUUACCGAAGUCGUCUACACCCGGGUAGGCAUCGCCAGCAAGGUUGCGAGUCUUUUCGAACCGCAAGGCAUGGCCACCCCGAUGGUGGUGAAAGCCAAAAUCAAGCUACGUGAGCUCGGCGUGCAGGGACUACAGUGGACGGACCCGGUGGUUGGUGAAAGCCGGAAGUGGUGGGAGAAGUGGUUCGACACGCUCAAACAGCUGAACGCCGUAAAAAUUCCCAGAUGCUUAUUCCCGCAGGAGUUGCUGAUCGAGGAGACGGAACUACAUAUAUUCGUGGACGCUUCCAAAGAGGCAUAUGCCGCCGUGGUUUAUGUUCGUCAAAUCUAUCGCGACGGAAGCAUCGAAAUUCGGCAAGUGCGGGCGGUGACGAAGCUCGCACCAAAACAGAACCUAUGA